AUGGCGACUGCUGACACCGAAAUGGCACAUCGAAAUUACUGUGUAGUGUUUAUAAUUUUCGCUCUCGCGAUAGUUCAAGCCGUUGGUUACGACACGGAGUUGUAUGAAACUAAGCCUUGCGACAGCAACGCGUGCUUCGACAAGCUCCAUGGAUCCUUAGGGGACUGUUCGUGUAAUGUUGAUACGAUCGAUUACUUCAAUAACGUAAAAAUUUAUCCUCGUAUCCAGAGUUUAGUGAGGAAGGAUUAUUUCCGCUUCUACAAAGUGAAUUUGAAGAAAGAAUGUCCGUUUUGGGCAGACGACAGCAGGUGUGCUAUGAGAUAUUGUCAUAUCAAGACUUGUUCUAAGGAGAGUGUGCCAGGUUAUGAAAACGGCUACGAAAAUGAAGAACACAUUGAAGAGUCGCCUGCAACAAAGUACUCUAAAGAAUCUCAGUCUAACUGUGCCUCUGAUACUGAUCAUGAUCCAGAUUUGGGUUAUUUGAACAUGACAAUAAGUGCUGCCAGUCAGCAUGAAAUAGCUAAAUGGAAGGCUCACGAUGAUGCUCUUGAAAAUUUCUGUGAAUGUGAUGAUAAAGAUGUUGAUGCGGAGUAUGUGGAUUUAUUAUUAAACCCUGAACGAUUCACUGGGUACAAAGGACCCUCAGCUAAUAGAAUCUGGCGUAGUAUAUAUCAGGAAAACUGCUUCAGACCUAAGGCAAAUCCAUAUGUAUCUUUUCCUUUCGUAUUGACCUCAGAUCUUAGUAAUAUGUGUUUAGAAAAAAGAGUUUUCUACAGAGCCGUGUCAGGUAUGCACACCAGCAUCAACAUACACUUGUGUUCUAAAUAUUUAUUGUCUGAAAAAACUGCUUCAUUUGCUACAUCACCAGAAGGUGAAUGGGGACCUAAUAUAGAAGAGUUUCAAAAUCGUUUUGAUCCUUCACAAACAUUUGGUGAAGGCCCCAAUUGGCUGAAAAAUUUAUAUUUUGUUUACCUUUUGGAAAUGAGAGCUCUAGCUAAAGCAGGGCCAUAUUUGGAAAAGGAAGAGUAUUAUACCGGUAACGCUGUAGAGGAUGAGGAGACACGGGAUGCCAUUAGUAACAUGCUGGGUGUCAUCUACUCCUUCCCGGAUCAUUUUAAUGAGUCCUCAAUGUUCAAUGGUGGUAGUCAAGCUGCUGAUCUUAAGGUUGAGUUUAGAGAACACUUCCGAAACAUUUCCAGGAUAAUGGAUUGUGUAGGCUGUGACAAAUGCAAAUUGUGGGGUAAGCUUCAGACACAAGGAUUAGGGACAGCUCUGAAAAUAUUGUUCUCCAACAAGUGGAACAGUCCAGAAAGUGACUUGCAUUUGACUAAACUGCCUGUGAGGCAUAAAUCUCAUGAGAGACUACAAAGGACAGAGAUUGUGGCACUAUUCAAUGCAUUUGCAAGAUUAUCUGACAGUAUAAGGCAAUUGGAAUACUUCAGGAUUAUGCUCAGCACGCAAAAGGAAGACAGUCAGAAACCAAGCUUAUUCGGAAGUUUCCAGGAUACGAAGUGA